AUGGCACCCGACCCUACUUGUCAACAAUGUAAUGAACAGUUUAUUGAAGAGCUUCAAUCUGACGACGAUCCUCGAGCAUUUCUUUCUGGUACAGAUAACGAAGAAGCCAGAAACGGUCAUGUUCAUUUGCCUGGAGGAGGGGCAGCCCAUUUCUUUUCUUAUUCACCUUCUACUGGAAGACUUCGAAACCUAAACCAAGGUGACAUGGGUGACGACAUGUUUCAAUAUUUCACUCCACGUCGUCAACAAGAACAACACCAACAAACAGAGGAAGAAGAAGAAGAAAGAGGAGAAGGAGGAGGAGGAGGACCAAGACAGACAGAUACAAAUGAGACUCCUUCUCCUCUAGGCAACUUUGUUCAAAGUAUAUUGACAAACAUGUUGGGUUCUCAAGUGGAUAUGGAAAACACAAAUGAAAAUGAGAAUCGUCCCAUGAUCUUUUUGGGUAAUAUGGUAGAUGGCAAUAUGCGAUUUGAACCCAUGCCUGGGAGAGAUAUGCCUGGAAGUAUGCCUAGAAAUAGCGAGAAUGAAGAUACAGAACAGAAUGAGGGUGCAAAUGGACAGGAAUUUCGAGGCAAUAGUAUUGCAAGGUAA